UGUUUAAGGUGUAGGUAUGCUAUUAUCGUCUCCUAUUAAAAUUAGCUAAUUUAAAACCAUUUUCAAGUUUAUUCCAGUUGCACCAUGCAGUAACAUUGAAUACUAUGUUGAUAUUUUUUACUAUAUUGGGGGCAGCAUACCUAUUUAUGCCAGGCAGUAGUAUCCACUUCAUUGAUAUUCCUUCAAUAACGCAAUCUGACGAUUUCAAAUACGAUGAAGACCCUGGUGACCCUGAAUCUACAACAGUUUCUUCAUCAUCAGUACCAGAAAUUCGAAGGUUUUUACGUCAGUCACAAGAUGCUAUGAAAAAAAUUGAUGAGGAACACGAUAAAAAUUUGAAGACUAAGAUAUCUAUAUUGGUACAGCAGACCAUUCAUGACACGACAAAGAAAAUUGAAGCUAUUCAACAAAUAAAAGCUGAGAAUCGCGACAAGGUCUCGUAUAAGGCAGGAUUUCUGAUAAAUCUGGUGAAAAAAUCCAAAGAUGUUGUCAAUGAGCUGUUCAGUGUUGGGGUGAAGCAUAAAGAUGAUUGGAAGGCUCUAGAGCAAAUGAAGACUUACGAACUACUAGUUCACGCUAACGUGGAUACGGACAAUUUGGUCAAACAAUUAGUGGACAUACACACCUCUGCAAGUAAGAAAGACAAAACAUUAUGAAAAGUUUAACAUCUGAAUCUGUGGGCCUAAUCCUUUUGCCUUAAUAUAGAGGUAAUUAGGUCAUAUCAUGCACGUGUGUGUCCUGCAAGGUGUUAUACUGAAUCAUCAUCAUUCGUCAGAGUUUUUCCUCGGUUCCUUCCUGAGCCAUUUAGCAUUCGAAGCCCAACGUCCGCUUUCCUACUUUUUUCUCUUCACGCUUUCACGCAGUCUUGAGCAUCCUUCGUUGUCAGACCAUUGGUACGCAAUCAUCCUUGACGACAUCGAACCCGGUCACAGACUAUUUACACGAUGAAAACGCUUUCGCGUAUUUUUCCUCUCUCUCUCUCAUAUAAGCGCAUUCCCAGUUGUUUUCCAGGAACAGAAUUUCGAAGGCCUGGAUCCGCUAUCCCCUUUCCCCUUGGUCUCUUCGCUUUAUGCCAACACUGGAUUCAUGGGACCGAGGCUGCCAUUUUUUCUCAGUGGUCACCAACCACGACAUCCACAUAUUUCCCCAUUAAGUACCUAGUGUUUACGAUAAUGUAUUAGGUCAUAAUUAGAUAAUAGUAUUUUUUGCGUGAAUAAAAUAAAA